GAUGUUAUCUUUGAAACUAUGACUUCUCACUCCAACACUAUAUAAUCUAGGUAUAACAUACUUAGAAAAGCACAACAAGUUAGAAAACCCUACAAAAAAGACCAAGAAAACAAAACCCCUAGAGAGUCAAAAAAUUCAAAAGAAAAAAAGAAGAUAAUUUUAUUGUUUUAUCACAAUGGCAAGAACCAAUGGAAAGAGAAAAAUGAACAAGAUAAUGAAUUUGAAGAUUGUGUUGGAGAAACUGCAAAGGAGCCUUUCAAUGGUAAGGAGAUUGUCAGUCGAAUUUGAUAGUCAGCAUCAGCAUAUCCAACCAAAUCAAAAUGACUCCUCGAAUAACGUGCCUAAGGACGUUAAAGAAGGUCAUUUUGCAGUUAUAGCUGUUGAUGAGGACGAAUUGAAGAGAUUUGUGGUACCAUUGAAAUGUUUAACACAUCCUUCAUUCUUGAAACUAUUGGAACAAGCUGCUGAGGAGUAUGGUUUUGAUCAUGAUGGUGCACUAACAGUGCCAUGCAGGCCAAGUGAAUUUGAGAGAAUUUUGAUUCAUGAACAAUCAAGUAUGUUGAAAAGUUGUUAAACAUAAUGGAGCAAAGAAAAAAAAAUUAAAAAAUAUAAGCCAAAUUUGCUUCCCAUCUCUUGAAACUCCAAUUAACUCAUCUUAUCAAGUCUCUCGAUAAGUUAACUAAGGGUACUCCACGUUGGUUUUAUUAUCUUGUUCUAAAUUAUAUAUAUAUGCUGAAGCCCAAGUGUUGUAGCAGUUGGUAAGAAUUCCUAAUCAGAGUGUAUUACGGUUUUUCACCAAGAAGUGCAUAUAUCGAAACGAUAUAUAUGGAUCAUGUCAUUCUUCUCGCUCCACUUUUUAUUUUUGACCGUUAAGACGAGGAUUUGGAUAGAGGGAUAAUUGAUCAUCCCUUAGGAUGGUAGUUUCUAAUUCUUGAUUAUCCCGCCAAGUUACAACUUCAGUUAAUUAAUAAUAUAUAGUUUGUUUUUUUCGUUUUUCCUUUCUUCACCAUGGUUAAGUUGUUGCAUGUUACAUGUACAUUUUUUUAAAAAAAAUUAUAUGUUGUUAUAC